CGUGUUUCAGCAAGAAAAAACUCUCUGCAUUGUCUCUCCGUAUCUAAGGCACGGAAAUAUUCGCAUGUUUCUCGAAAACAAUUAUGGUGCUAAUCGGUCACUCUUGGCCGUGGAUGUUGCACAAGCACUGUAUUUUCUUCACGGCUGGGAACCUCCCAUCGUGCAUACCGACAUCAAAGGGGACAAUAUUCUGGUAUCGGAUAGCCAGCGAGCAUGUCUCAUAGACUUUGGAUUCUCGACCGCAAAAGACACCAUACAGAUGCAUGUCACGAGUACGAUGGAAUCUGCACAUAGCACUCCGUGGACACCGCCAGAGGUUCUUGAAGGUGACAGUAUUGGACAUAGCUCGUACACCCCAAAAAGCGAUAUGUACGCUUUCGGCGGAGUUUGCUACGAGCUGUUUUGUGGUAAAACCCCAUUUUACGGAUGUGCGGAUGCAGCGAUCAUAUUUCGAAUAGUGACAGGGAAAGUUCCUGACAGGAUUGACACUCCGUAUCAGGACGAUGGCGUUUGGUCAUUCAUGGAGGAAUGCUGGGACAGAGAGCCGAAUGGAAGGCCAACAGCGCAGCAGGCGGUAGACUUCUUCAAUGUCCGGGUGCAAGACGUAGGGGAUAUUGACAUUCGACCGGCGAUGGAAUGGGAUUAUUCGACUUAG